CAUAAGGUCGCAUACUAGUAAGCAGAGGACGAACGGUACCACGUGAGCAAGCCAGAAUUGGGUUGACGCGUAAGGAGCUAUUCUAUUCCUCAUCAACAUCGCCGUCUACUCAAUUGAGAGGAUCUACAAAAGGAUCUACUCUCGUUGCGGUUGUGUGCUAGGGGUGGCGUCCUGGAGAUAACUUCUCUUCUGCGUUGAGCAGUUCAUUGAAUGCGGCAACAGCAUUACUGCUUAUUUACUCUAACGGACAUUCGAUCAGCAUAUUACCGCUGUAUUUCACCCUCAAAUGUCUUCUACAAACCAAAACAAUGGAGCAAAGAAGAUAAUUGGCCUUGAAGAAUGGGAACGAAAAUUGGCGGAAGUGAAAGUUAGCAAGCAAGAUCUCAACAAACUCAUCAUGAACUAUUUGGUCAUCGAAGGCUAUAAAGAUGCGGCAGAAAAAUUUAGUCGAGAAUCUGGGCUACAGCCGGGAAUUGACCUUGCGUCGAUAGAGGAUCGCAUGAAUAUUAGAAAUGCGAUACAGUCUGGAGAUAUCGAGGACGCUAUCGAACGCGUCAAUGACCUAGAUCCUGAGAUACUCGACACAAAUCCAAAGCUCUACUUCCACCUGCAACAGCAACGGUUGAUCGAAUUCAUACGAGACGGAAGAGUAGGAGAAGCCAUCGAAUUCGCGCAGGAAGAAUUGGCGCCACGAGGGGAAGAAAACCCGGAAUUUCUUGAGGACCUGGAGCGCACAAUGGCAUUGCUAGCAUUCGAGGACACUAGCGUGUCACCUGUUGGAUACCUAUUGGACCAUGCACAACGACAAAAGACGGCAAGUGAACUCAAUGCAGCAAUCUUGACAGCACAAUGUCAAGAGAAGGAUCCAAAACUCCCGUCAUUGCUGAAGAUGUUGGUAUGGGCACAGAAUCAGCUGGAAGAAAAGAUGCUCUUUCCAAAAAUUAGAAACCUUGUAACCGCUGAACUAGAAGCACCUGCACCCAGCGGAUGAUAAAUCCUCGCACCGUAUAUGGAACGAAGGAUCAUCGAUAGCUCGAACGCUCGUAAACACUCUUGGACCUAAUUCUGGUCGUGUACAUAUCUUUACUAAAACUGGCAACUUUCACCAUGGCAAUUUUCACAUAUCAAUGAUAUAUUUCCCAGAGGUCAGGUUUUGAUUCAAAUCGUGAUUUUGUCAGUUUCUAUACACAAAAUACCGCCAAUAUCCUAAGUUAUCUACAUGUAAACUUCCUGCUAUCUGUACAGAUGAACGAGGUUCUUGUAUCUGCUGGUCCACUAUUAAGUUUGUGAUAAAUUUCUAUCACUGGUUAUCCUUAGCACGUCUCCUAUUAGAUUGUGGAGCUCACGUUGGAUUUGAAGCAGCUCGCUAUAUGAAAAAUAUUCAACAAGGACGCAAAUUGCUACUAGAUUCCGACUCAGGGCUUACCG